GAAGGUUGGACCCGGUAGGGAAGAGUGUGCUGAGCGAGCUCGUGAGUCUGAGCGCUUCGUUUGUAGCGGAGGGAUUUCCACGCUAGCGGCAACACCAGCGGCGGGGAGUCCGUCAAAGGUGUUGCCAUGGUGAUGGCUGUGGAGGACAGCAUGGUGCAGGUGGUGGUGCGGGUGCGACCCCCCACCCCUCGGGAGUUGGAGAGUCAGCGGUGGCCUGUGGUUCAAGUCCUGGAUGAACGGGUGCUGGUGUUUGACCCUGAGGAACCUGAUGGGAGCCUCAAAUGGGGUGGUAUCCAUGACGGCCCCAAGAAGAAGGGCAAGGGCCUGACAUUUGUCUUUGACCGGGUCUUUGGUGAGAAGGCCACCCAACAGGACGUGUUUCAGCACACCACAAGCAGAAUCCUGGACAGCUUCCUCCAGGGCUACAACUGCUCAGUGUUUGCCUAUGGGGCUACUGGGGCUGGGAAGACACACACCAUGCUGGGAAAGGAGGGGGACCCUGGCAUCAUGUACCUGACCACCAUGGAACUGUACAAGCGUUUUGAGGCCUUCCAGGAGGAGAAGCAAUUCGAGGUGCUCAUCAGUUAUCUGGAGGUGUACAAUGAACAGAUCCAUGACCUCCUGGAGCCCAAGGGACCCCUAAUCAUCCGCGAGGACCCUGACAAGGGGGUGAUGGUGCAAGGACUUUCUUUCCACCAGCCGACCUCAGCUGAGCAGCUACUGAAGAUGCUGACCAGGGGGAACCACAACCGUACCCAGCACCCCACAGAUGCCAAUGCUACUUCCUCCCGCUCCCAUGCCAUCUUCCAGAUCUUUGUGAAGCAGCAGGACCGAGUCCCAGGACUGACUCAGGCCCUACAGGUGGCCAAGAUGAGCCUGAUUGACCUGGCUGGCUCAGAGCGAGCAUCCAGCACCCAUGCCAAGGGGGAGCGCCUGCGGGAGGGUGCCAACAUCAACCGUUCUCUGCUGGCCCUCAUCAAUGUCCUCAAUGCCCUGGUGGAUGCAAAGGGCCGCAAGUCUCAUGUGCCCUACCGAGACAGCAAACUGACCCGCCUGCUGAAGGACUCCAUUGGGGGCAACUGCCGCACAGUGAUGAUUGCUGCCAUCAGCCCCUCUAGCCUGUCCUACGAGGACACUUACAACACCCUCAAAUAUGCUGACCGGGCCAAAGAGAUCAGACUCACGCUGAAGAGCAACGUGAUCAGUCUGGACAGUCACAUCAGCCAGUAUGUCACCAUCUGCCAACAGCUCCAGGCUGAGGUGGCCUCCCUAAGGAAGAAGCUUCAAGCGUAUGAGGCAGGAGCCCAGGCCCCACAGCAGGGUCUCCCACAGUCCCCCAAGUUGAGCCCUCAACAGCAACACCUUCCUAGCUCCCCUUUAGUGUCCCGUCCCCGCAGCCAGCCCUGGACCCCAGAACUCCACAUGGGAUCUGGAGAUCUUCAAGAGGGGAGCCUAGGGACAGAGGCCCAGGAACAGAGGGUCAUAGAAGAAAGCUCUUCAGACCAGGAGCAGACCCCAGAGGACAAGGACGAAGACCCUACUGAGGUUCCAACCCAGACACUGGAGCAGAACCUCAGACCCCCACUGUCAGAGUCUGUUGGUUUGACCCCGCAGCCUAAGCCGGUGGCCAGCCACCUAUCACCACAGAACCUGGAUGGGGACCGUUCUAAGCAGUUGGCCCUGCAGGUGCUGUGCCUGGCCCAGAAGCAGUAUUCCCUGCUCCAGGCAGCCAACCUCCUGACCCCUGACAUGAUUACUGAGUUCGAGACCCUGCGGCAGCUGGUGCAAGAGGAGAAAGCCGAGCCUGGGGACAAGACCUCCAGGACUCCUGGCCUGUCUGGGAGGGCCCCUCUGACCCAGGAGCUGUGUUCAGCCUCAAAAUCUCCAGGGUACUGUGGCCCUGUUACCCGAACAAUGGCAAGAAGAUUGAGUGGCCUCAUGCACCCUCUGGGGAUCCCAUCUGAGCCUGAUGGCACCCUAGCCUCAGCAUCCCAACAGCCCACAGAGAAGAAGAAGAAGAAGAAGAGAAAGAGCACAAGCCUCACAGAGCCAGACAGUCCCCUAGCCCCAAAGCUGGCGACCAAGCGCCAGCGCCAGUCUUUCCUACCCUGUCUGAGGAGAGGGUCUCUGCCUAAGGCUCAGCCUUCAUGUGGGCCCAGCACCCCCAAAGGGGCAAGGGCCUCCUCCCCCUGCCAUUCCCCUCGCUUCUGCCCAGCUACAGUCAUCAAAAGCCGGGUGCCCCUGGGCCCUUCUGCUAUGCAAAACUGCUCCACCCCUCUACCUGCUCGUGACCUGAAUACCACUUUUGAUCUCUCUGAGGAACCCCCAUCAAAACUCAAUUUCCAUGAAUUUGUUGGCUGGGAGAAUGUCCCCCAGGAACUGAACGGGCUGGACCAGCCCUUCAUUCCCAGUGAACCUGUGCUCCUGCUCACCAUGAAAGGCCCCAAACCAACAUCUUCCCUCCCUGGAAACUCAGCCUGCAAGAAGAAGCGCACCAUGAGUUCCUCAGUCUCCCAGGGCCGCAGCCGCAUCGCCCGCUUCCCCAGCAGCACCUUGAAGAGGCCAACUGGGCCCCUUGCAAUCCCAGAGCCAUCCUUGAGUCCCCGCUGCCUCAGUGAUCAAAGGACCCAGAAGGAACUGAUUGGGACUGGAGGUGUGCUGUCAGCUGGAAACUGCAUUGCCAAGGUGUCCUGACCUCCAAGCUGUCCAGCUCCUCCAGCCCCUCUAGGCUCAAUGCCUUCACUUUGUCCCUGGAGACUCGGACACCAGGAACCCUGACCUUCUUUUCUUACCUUGGAAAAAUUUAUGCCGACGCACCUUUCCUUUAUUUAACACCCGCCCCAACAAUUCAUUCUGCUACUCGUCCUCUUCAUUUUAUUUUUGUUUUGUUGAGACAAGAGUCUCACUAUGUUGUCCAGGCUGGUCUUGAACUCACAGUCCUGCCUCAGCCCCUGGGCAGCUGGGAUUACAGGCAUGCGCCACCACGCCCGCCUCCCAUCCUCUUUAUUAAUCUCUAUAACACUCAGCUUCUCAGCAUGUACAUAUUCAUUUGUGAGUGUUAAUGUGUUAAUAUUUAAAGGUUGCCACCUGUUUCCCCCUCAUUUCCAAAGCCCACUAUCAGGCCAGGGGCUCUUUUGGGCUCGGUUCACUACCCAUGUCUAACACAGAGCUCUGUGCGGGGAUAGCUGUUGCCUCGGUGGAGGGAUGAGGCCGGUGGGGGUGUUCUAGGGAGUCACAUCUUGGCUCUUCAUGAUGGAGCUAAUGAUGGUGCCUUGAUUUACAGAGGAAGCCAACUUUAUUAAUCUUUACCCAUUAUACAUAGACACACAUGAGUAUAAGAAGAAAGGAGAAUGAAUGCAGCCUUAAUGUUACCACCCAGGUAUAAAUGCUAGUGAUUCCAGGGUUUACACCCUCCUGCUUCUUGAUUUAUGUAUAUAUAUGUGUAUAUAUAUAUAUAUAUUUAUGCAUAUAUAUGUGUAUAUAUAUAUAUGUAUAUACACACACACAUACCCACAUUUACACACAUAUAUGAUGUAUUU